GCUCAUCGACGUCUAUACAACAUAACUCUACAUGCUGCGACAUGACGCGCCCGUCUCGCUCGCUACCAACAUGGUAAUAGCACUAUCGGACCUGCGGAUGGAUCUCGACGGACUAUGGCCCUACGCCGCAGAGAUGUGAUCCUUGCAGGAGUUGCAGUCUUCAUCGCUUGGGGUUUUGUGACCCACUGGAUACCUUCCAGUCGCUAUCUGCCUUGGGCAUUUUCUACCGGAGUCCUCUGCACUGUUAUUCUGAUUGCAUGGCUCCUGUUGACUACUUCCCGAGGUCCCGGUGUACGAGCAGGAGCAAGGAAUUACGGACCUAGACAUGCGGCUUUUGCCAGACCGGACGCCUGGGAAGCCGAGACGAGAGCGUUGAGUGCUCGCUCAGAAUACCUCCGAGAACCCAUAUACGAGCCGUCUUUUCUUAUAUCUGGGAACAUCGAUGGGUUGAUAGAUCUCAUACUGCGGGAUUUCGUACGAAGCUGGUAUGAUCGCAUCAGUACGAGGCCAGCGUUUACGAUCGAAGUGGACAGGUCUAUGCGGGAAGCCCUGGCAAAUAUACGAGACAGAGUGCUGGCUGUUGACCUGAUAGCUGUCGGAACGUCAAAACUCGUCCCAAUAAUUACAAGCCAUAUGAAAGAAUUCUAUGAAGCUGAGAAAAUUGUUCGCGGUCGAAUGCUGUCGAGGAAUGUGACUGAAUCUGAAGAGCUCGAUCUUGCCAUCGCUGCGAAAUACAAGGAUGGUAAGCUACACCCAGCCGCGUCCCUGGCGUUUUCAAACACAAAACUGGGUCAACAACAACAUCUGCGUACCAUUGUCACUAGACUGUUACCUAAAGUUCUUCCAACAAACAUGACUACAAGUCGAGCCGUAACAGUUCUGAUCCAGGAGAUUGUAUCUUGUGCCGUUUUAUUCCCUGUCAUGCAGAUGCUUUCGGAUGCAGAUACGUGGAAUAAGAUGAUGGAAGCAUAUGGUCACACUAUACUUCAAGACCGCAAAACAGUUCGCAAAUUACGUGAAGCCUUGGACGAACAUGCUCCUCCGUCACCGCAGAACCUCCGACCAAGACAAUUCCCGAGGCUUUCUCCAAACGACAACGAGCGAAAAUUCGAGCGGUUCAUUCGUGCCAUCAAACAGUGUAACACCCUGUCCGAUGCACGGCGCUUUAGAAGCGAAAUUGCUAGCCAAUUGUAUCGUGACUCCGGAGUCGAAAACCCUGAUACAAUCUAUCUAAGACGUCUCGAGACAGCAAAGAGGAUCCUGGAUCAGAAAGUGGCUCAACUGGGAGUUGGUGGUGCUGCCAGAUCAAAAUUUGUAAAGCCAAAAUCCAACAACCCCGCACCCAGGCUUGAAAAUGCUUCGUUAAGGGAAGUUUUGUAUAGCUCUUCUGGGCUCUCGUACUUCAUGGAGUUCAUGGAUCGUCAGAAUUUGAUGCGGCUUGUCCAGUUCUGGAUAGUUGUAGAUGGCAUGCGCAACCCGCUAGAAGAAGACAACGAAGAAGUUGACGAGUCCACUGAGACUCUACCACAGUGGACAGCAGCCGAGCGAACGGACAUUGCACAGAUCAAUGAUGCGUACCUCACCAAAAGCGAGCUGGAGAUAGCCUCUAAAUCGAGGCACCCAGUGUCAGAGUUCUUGAGGGCUGGAAAGGACGCAAGUCCAUUGCAGUACCACGCAGCAAGGAGGGCAGUCCUUCGAGCGCAGACUGCAGUGUACAAUGAAAUGCAGGAUCCGUACUUCCAGAAGUUCAAAAGAACAGAUCUGUGGUACAAAUGGCUUGCAUCUGAUGAGGCUGGGUCCUCAGUGUCUGGUCCCAGUAUUCAUCAAGGUGACCAUACACAAUCAUCUCACUCGCGCAAUCUCGGGAGGCUCCCACGGUCCAGUAGUGCAAAGCACGUCCUGCAGAAGCCGACUGAUUUGCGUCGAGCCGCAGUCUCUUCGUCAAAUCUCCAGGAACACACCACACCUGGUACCGAGCAAGCAGCACGGCGAUCCCUAGACGCUACUCCGGCUCGUACACCAUUAUUUGACGACGAAUAUGAUUCAGAUGCUCUCGGACAGUCAACGCAAAGUCUUGAAUCGGAAUUGGACCCACCAGCGACGGGUAGUGAUGCAAAUGUAGUAAAUGCAAUGCAGGCAGCUUUGAAUGACAUUAUGGGUGACGAUGGGCCGGAACGAGAGCCUUUAUUCGACAAGUCUCCAGUCGAUAAAGAUUCACUGAGAGGGUCGUUCGAGAUUCAACGAUCUAACUCGCCGUUAUCUCAGGGGAUGAGACCGAGUAUAGCCUCUUUGGGUCUUGUUGGAGCUCCAUCACGCUUGGGUGUCUUCAAUCAAGAUGAUCUUUUCGGUAGCGAAGAAGCCAAGUUUCGGGAAGACGAGGUUGAUGAUUCGGAGAAGAAAGGUGACAAUGAGGACGACGAGAUUCACGAAGCCGCUCCGGGGGAUCUGGGCCUAGCUGAAGCCAUCGAUUCUUUGACGCAAGACAUCGAAAAGUUGGUGACUCAAGAGUCCAUCGUAGAUUCGUUGACAAACAAAGCCGAGCUCACUAAUAAUGCUGCCGAACUAAGAAUCCUUCGCAAGUCCAAAGCUAGUUUGCAGCGUGAGUUGCACCGAAAGGAGCUCCAAAGGCAACAAUACAUCGUACAAGAAAGCGACAAUAGCUUGUACGGACGAGCAACGAUCUCGAUAACAUCUAUCAUGGUUGGCACGGAGGACGAUGGCCAUGAGUAUGCAAUGUAUGUCAUUGAAGUCAAACGACAAGCAGGCGAUCAGAUGCCAGCUGCAGUCUGGGCUAUCACGAGACGUUACAGUGAAUUCCACGACCUCAAUAAGAAACUGAAAGCACGCUACCCUCAUAUCCGAAACUUGGAGUUCCCUCGCCGACAAGUCAUGCUCAAGCUCCAAAAAGAUUUCCUCCAGAAACGUCGUCUUGCCCUCGAGCGCUGGCUCCGCGAGAUUCUACUGAUUCCCGCUAUCUGCCGCUCGCGUGAGCUUCGCGCCUUUCUCUCACAACACGCAAUCUCCUCAUCAGACCAACAUGGUUCCGAAGUCGACUCCCGCGACUUUGUGUCCCGCAUCUACAGCUCCGUUACCGACGGCAUGGAGGAGUUUCUCGGCAACAUUCCCGUGUUAGACCAGCUUUCCGUAGCUGGGCAGAACCUUAUCAGUGCCGCGACAUCUCAACUUGCCACCGCGCCGAACGAUACUUCUACAUCCACUGGCCUGCCAGGCGCUGUCUUGAAUGACGACCCAGCGACAUCGACAGAAGCUGAGGCUGAAUUGCGCGCGUUCGAGAAUAGAGAGUUGGAGCCCUUUGUCAAGCCCAUUGCAGACCUCUUCGUCGAGAUCUUUAGCCUCAACACGAACAACAACUGGCUCCGUGGCCGGGCCGUGGUGGUCGUACUGCAUCAGCUGUUAGGCGGCACGAUUGAGCGCAAAGUGCGGGAUAUGGCGCGUGGGCUGGUCGAGGAAGAUAACGUUGUGCGGUAUCUUAACAUGGCGCGGGAUACUAUGUGGCCAGGCGGGAAGAUGCGUCCAUCGGUGCCUCGCACAGAGGCAGAGAAGAAAACGAGCAAGAAGGAGGCAAGUGUGCUGCUAGCCACGUUGGUACCAGAUUUGGCGGCGAAUGUGGUGGGCAGGCAGAACGCCCAACAGGCGAGCAGAAGGAUCGCGGCGACGUUCAAUAAUCAGCGAUUGAAUACACACCUGGUAUUCACGUUACUUGAUGAGAUUAUCGGCAUCAUAUUUGACGAGCCGUCGCCACGAUGAGUCAUGAGGGACAUUAGGUGUUGCACAUAUUGGUUUCAUGGUUGAACUUAUGGGUACAUAGUUCAAGUUAUACCGCUAGAUCCCCUA